AACCAUAUUUAUUUAGGGUUUGUUUUUUUAGGGUUUUACAUGUUGGGCGAACUGUAAACAAAUCGGCUUCUUCCUCCUCAAACCAGCAACCAUGAUCAUCCCAGACAAGAACCGUAAGGCCAUUUCAAAGUACCUAUUUCAAGAGGGUGUUUGUUUUGCCAAAAAGGAUUACAAUUUGGCAAAGCAUCCGGAAAUCGAUGUGCCGAAUUUGCAGGUGAUUAAGUUGAUGCAGAGUUUCAAGUCAAAGGAGUAUGUGAAGGAGACGUUUGCUUGGAUGCAUUAUUAUUGGUAUCUUACGAAUGAUGGGAUUGAGUUUCUUAGAACUUAUUUGAAUCUUCCUUCGGAUAUUGUGCCUGCUACUCUUAAGAAGUCUGCUAAGCCCAUUGGUCGCCCCAUGGGUGCUGGUGGUGAUCGCCCCCGUGGACCGCCGAGAUUUGAAGGAGACAGGCCUAGGUUUGGUGAUAGGGACGGAUAUCGCGGUGGGCCUAGAGGGCCUCCGGGUGAAUUUGGUGGUGAGAAGGGCGGAGCUCCGGCUGAUUACCAGCCUGCUUUUAACAGGGGUCCUGGUGCGAGACCUAGUUUUGGUCGUGGAGGAGGUGGUGCGCCGCCAAGCUCAAGCUUUUCUUAAGCAGUUGUUGAUUAUAGUCGAAUUUUGAACUUUUAUUUCAGUUUUGCUGAUUGUUGUGAUUCGUUUCAGUUAUUACAGCAAUGGAGUUUAUAUAACUCUACAAUUAGUAAUUUAAAGGAUAUUUGUUUUUUUGGAGUUUAAA